CAAGAGGAGAUCAACUGGAGGUGAAGAUUAAGACUGGACUAGUCUGCUGUACUGUACAUCUCUGAAAAACCAAGGCAUUGGUUUGUGUUUAAAGGACCUGUUUUAGUGGACUCAGAGAGAACAAUGUUGAAACAAACAGAUACUCCUGAGACUGUGCGUCUGUCUCACUCUAUCAAUGAUGAAGAGAUAAAGUAUGUGAAGGAGAGGAAGACUCUGAUUAAGAAGUGGCUGAAAGGUCAGGGUAUCGACUGUGAACUGGAGGAUGUUCCUAACAUAGCGUUGCUGGGGUCAGGUGGAGGAGAGAGGGCAGCAGUGGGCAUGCUGGGAUCUCUGCAUCAGCUGGAACAGGACAACCUGCUGGGCAGCCUCCUCUACAUGUGUGGGGUGUCAGGCACCACCUGCCAUCCAGAUUGGUCAUUGAAUAAGCGUUGUGAUGAGGUGAUACAGAAGCUGAAGGGUCCUACAGUGGACUUGAGCAAGAUUGUGGAGUGGCUGAAAUCGAGGAAAGGACAAAACCGGAACUUCAACCUCACUGACUUCUGGGGCGCCUUCACUGCCUCCUAUUUCAUGAAAGAGAUGAACACUCGCUGUCUCUCUGAAGAAGCUCACAGGAACAGCACCAACCCCUACCCCAUCUACAGCGCCAUAGAACUGGAGCACAACCAAAUGGGCUGCACUAAAGCGGUGUGGUUUGAGAUGACCCCCCACGAGAGUGGCUUCUCCGGAUUGGGAGCUUUCGUCCCCACUUCCUGUCUUGGGAGCCAGUUUGAUGGCGGGACUCUGAGAGAGAAGAGGAAGGAAAUGGACAUGGUUCUGCUGCAAGGUAUCUGUGGGAGUGCCAUUGCAGAUGGGCAGAGGAACAAUGCGGAGGUAGUACAAUUGAUCUGGGACUUACUGGGAGUUUCAUUUUCUGCUGGCAUUGAGACUAACGGGCAGGACAGCAUGAUGUUGAUGUCUGGGAUAGGAAGGGAGGAAGAAGAGGUGUGUAACUGUGCGCCCUUCCGAGUGGUGAGGUGUGUGUCUGAGCUGAUGAAGUACGGUGAGGACCCAGAUCCACUGAAGACAAGUGAAGUCAUCACCACACUGGGACAGCUACUGAAAGGUCAUGUGAGCAGUAAGGGUGAGAUGCUGUGGAACAUGGACCCUGAGAGCUGGAAGAGAACCAGCCUGGUGGAGAGAAAGAAGUUCAUAGAGACAGUCAGUCUGGAGCUCAUCCUCUCCUCAGACAGCUGGGCAAAAGACUGGAAGGACCAGCGCUGCACCUGCAACGAUGGAUCAAAGUAUAUGAAGACUACGAGACAGACGGUUAAUUUGUCAAUAACAAACUUCUGGAUCUUUGAUGAGUUGUGGAUUGUUCGUAACAUUUUCCCUCUGGUCCAUAAAUGGGAAUGGGGAACUGUGUACAACUUCUUCUUAAAUAUCACAGAUGCUAGCGUUCCGGAGAGCAUGCGACUCAAAGACAAGAUUCACCUGGUAGACGCUGGGUUAAAGAUUAACUCUCCCUACCCCCCCGUCCUGCGCACAUCGAGGAAGGUCGACCUCAUCAUCUCCUUGGACUUCAGCGCGGGAGACCCCUUUGAGACGGUGUUUAGUGCCAAACAGUACGCGGAUGAGCUGAAGCUUCCCUUUCCCCCAGUGAAGGAGAGUGUGAGGGAGGAGAAAGACCAUCCUCAGGACUGCUACGUUUUUGAGGGGCGACACCCUGAAGAGCCCACCGUCAUGCACAUGCCCCUGUUCAACCUGCAGAACUGCCAAGACGAGGAGGGGAUUAAGGAGGAGAGGGAGAAGUACACGACGUUCCAGCAGCACUACGGUGCGCCUGAGAUCGACCACCUCCUGGAGAAGGCCAAGGACAACUUGAAAAACAACAGAGACAGGAUCCUGGAGCAAAUCUUGUUGGCUGUCAAACGCAGAAAGAAUCGCAAAUCUGUGGCUCAAUAGUCUUUAUCUGUGGUGUAAAGUAUUACUUAAGUACUUUACGGGAGUAUCUUUACUUUACUACUUAAGUAUGACAACUUUUGCUUCACUACAUUCCUAAAGAAAAUUAUCUAUAUUUUACCCAAUACACUCUCCCUGACACCCAAUAGUAGCCUAACUGUUUUUUGGUUACAUUUUGAAUGCUGAGCAGGACAUAAAAAAUGUCUAAAUCACACACUUAUCAAGAGAACAUCCCCUACCUGUUCAUCCCUACUGCCAUUGAUCUGGAGGAAUGAUCAGAAGCACCUGCUGCUCGUGGGUUGCUCGUCUGUGUUCCCAAGAAAUGCUGUCUUGAAUGAAAAAGAUUUGUACCUACACACUGGAGAGAACUGAAAGGUCUGUGUACGCUAUCUCUAAUGCAGUAAACAUGUGCCCCUUGCAAAACGUGAUAAAAAAUAAAAUAGUGCCA